AGCGCAGCGGAAGUUUGUGGCCUCCAUGAAUCUGGGCGAUGCGGAAAAACUAUCGAGAGCUCUGAAGCGUUUCAUGUCCGCCGUGUGGAUGGGAUCAAAGGCGUGAUUAAAGCGGCGACAGCUCUUGCAGUUUUUCUCGGUGAGUGAAUCGGACCUCAUUUCCUCGUCGCCCCUGCUAUGGCAAUCCUUUUUGCUGUGGUGGCUCGUGGAACGACCAUACUGGCCAAACAUGCCUGGUGUGGUGGAAACUUUCUUGAGGUGACAGAGCAGAUUUUGGCCAAGAUCCCAUCUGAAAACAACAAACUCACCUACUCUCAUGGCAGCUAUCUCUUCCACUACAUCUGCCAUGACAGAAUCAUCUAUCUGUGUAUCACAGACGAUGACUUUGAGAGGUCGCGUGCGUUUAGCUUCCUCAAUGAGGUGAAGAAACGUUUUCAGACCACCUAUGGCUCCAGGGCUCAGACGGCUUUACCCUACGCCAUGAACAGCGAGUUCUCCAGCACUCUCGCUGCACAAAUGAAACAUCACUCAGACCCAAGAGGAUCCGAGAGAUUGACAGAGACCCAAAUGCAGGUGGACGACUUGAAAGGCAUUAUGGUUCGGAACAUCGAUCUGGUGGCACAGCGAGGGGAGAAGCUGGAACUUCUCAUCGACAAGACUGAGAACUUGGUAGAUUCAUCUGUCACCUUCAAAACAACAAGCCGCAACCUCGCCCGUGCCAUGUGUAUGAAGAACCUGAAAUUAACACUCAUCAUUGUAGUGGUAACAAUUGUGGUCCUGUACAUCAUAGUGUCUGCAGCCUGCGGAGGGCUCAGCUGGCCCACCUGCCGGAAGAAGUAGAAGGGGAAGCUGGAGCUGAGCUCCAAGUAGAUCCCCUCCCCUCUCGCUCUCAAGCCUGGAAGGGAAACAAACCACUUUCUCAAGAACCGUCACACCACUUGAACUCACCCAUCCCUUUAUCAGGCAUUCCUGACCUGUCCUCUGUCAGCCUCCUCCUCUCAACGAUGACUGUAGCCUUACAGACAGAGGAAUCGGGACGGCCUGGACGUCCUUUUUCAAACGUGUCCUCCAUCCUGACGAGAUUCCUCUGGUGUUCAGAUCCAUAUAGCAGCGUGUUUCAUGGAACACGAUAGACCUGAACACGAUUCUGCUCUAGUUAGUUCUCUUUACCCCUACGUUGUGAUGCAGUUGUGCUUGAUGAAGUAGAACUAUUAAGAUCUUAGAGUCUGAUGAUGACAUAUGGUUGAGUUCUUACAUGAGAUCCUUGUGGGCAAAGGCACGUUUUCAUACUUACUGAGCAACAUUUACAGAGGUGAACAGGUGUUUGAAUGCACUAGUAAGAUUGUGGUCAGUAACUUGUGCACACAGUAUCCAAAUUGACUCUAUUGUCUUAAAGUGAAUGAGGCAUAUUAUAUUAAUGAUUUUCCCCCGUCAGUGAAAAUUGAUUCACAUUAAUGUUAUUAAAUGUAAUGUAAAAAUAUUAACACUUUACUUGAACCCUGUAAUACUGACGUAACCACAGCCAUAAACAUGUCAUAGCAGAUGCUGUCAUGACAGGUUGUGUUCAGUAAUAUAAGUGUCACCAUCACUGGUUAUUGACAUGGCAUGUGACAUUUUCUGUGACAUGUUUAUGGCAUAGUUAUGUCAUAUUUAUGUAGCAUUGUUCACCUAUUACCACAAAAAGUAACAAUCUAAAAUAAUCAGUAGCAGAAUGUAUUAAUGAAUGUGUGAAUCUCACAUUUACAAGUUUUCACUCUCCCUUCUUUUGUAUACGUGUUUGAGAGAAAUCAACACCCAACGCAAAAUUCUAAUACGACUUACGACUGGAUGGUAUAAGUACUUUGACCACUUGGCAGCUUUGUUGGUUUAGUGUGAGCAAAAACAUCUAAAGGCGUCUGACUUUAUUCACACAUACUCUUUGAUUAAUGUCGAUGUAGUGUAGAAGCCCUUAAAUAUGAAGUUAGAAGCAUCUGGUCAGUCACUUCUCUGGUGUGUCUUUUUCUUUAUAGACUUUUAUUGUCUACAGUGAUGGUGGCAGUAUUGGAAUACUGACCUUAAUAACUGGUCUGAUGUGAGUUUGCCAAAAAAACUAUAAGAUCUUUGCAUGAAGUUAGAGACAGUUUGAGGUUAAGGUUACCUUAAGGCUAUGAAGCUUUUCUGGAAACUAAAAUCUGAUGUAUCCAGCCCUGGUUACCCCUUUCCUCCCACUGGAUUUGACAUUAAUUCUAAUGCCCUUUGCAAAGCUUUCAGUUGGGAUAACAGUAUGUUUGCCAAUGUUCCACUGCGUACAUGCCUUGACUCAUAUUGAGCUCAACUGCAGAUGCAGGUGUACAGUAAUGAGAUUAGUAUUGCAGAAGAAGCAUAAGGCAUGAAGGCCUGGUAUGCACUAGUGAAGGAAAGGAGAUAAUCCAUCUCCCUGGUUGAUUUUUACUUGUUUUUCUCUUACUUUGAUCAGUCUAAUUGUUUUUUUUCUUUAAACAAUGCACUUUUUACAUAUUAUGUUUGCUUCCUGCCAUAACGCUGUCAGUAAUCAUGUAAUUAUUUAAUUAUUGCUCAGAUUUAAGAAAAUAAAGUCAUAUGAAAUCUUAA